AAGAAAUUCCCCGCAAAAAUGAGUCUUCAGCGUGCGCCAUAUAUCUGUGCGCAAUGUACGUCUCGCGCUCCACGGUUGUUGAGCCCGGCAAAGCGCCAUCUCCUCUCACAAUUCCCCCAACGCCGACAAUAUAGCCAGGCAGUGACGGACCGGCCGUUCCGCGUUGCGGUUGUAGGCUCCGGGCCUGCUGGUUUCUAUGCAGCAUAUCGUCUGCUGGCCAAGGUAGAUAAUGCCGUGGUUGACAUGUACGAAAAGCUUCCUGUGCCGUUCGGCCUAGCAAGAUACGGUGUAGCUCCUGAUCAUCCGGAAGUCAAGAAUUGUGAGGAGAAGUUUACAGAGGUCGCAGCCUCUCCACGUUUUAACUUUAUUGGAAACGUGGAGUUGGGCGAAACCCUGCCUCUCUCAGUACUCAAACCCCACUACGACGCCAUUCUGUUCGCAUAUGGCGCUCCAAAGGAUAAGAAGCUGGGUAUUCCAGGAGAGAAUGCCCUGCGCAACGUGUACUCGGCUCGAGAGUUUGUCGGCUGGUACAACGGGCUGCCAGAGCAUAGAGAUCUCGCUCCAGACCUUACCUGUGGAGAAAAUGCAGUCAUCGUCGGCCAAGGUAAUGUCGCACUAGACGUUGCUAGAAUCUUGCUAUCAGAUGUGGAUCGCCUGCGUCAGACGGACAUUACAGACUAUGCGCUGGAGGAACUCUCUCGAAGCAAGAUCAAUCGAGUCCGAGUCGUCGGCCGACGAGGACCACUACAGGCCUCAUUCACCAUCAAAGAAGUCCGCGAACUCCUCCAACUCCCAUCCGUCUCAUUCGACCCCAUUCCCAAGGACCUCUUCCCCCCAGAAGACACCAUCGCAGCACUCCCCCGCGCUCAAAAGCGCCUGAUCCAGCUCCUCGCCAAAGGCUCAACAAACGACCCAAGCACAGCCACCAAAUCCUGGUCGCUCGACUUCCUCCUCUCCCCCGAAUGCCUACACUGGUCCCCCAAGUUCCCGCACCGCCUCUCCCACGUCCGCUUCUCCCGCAACCAGCUAGACCCCGCAGACCCUUUCAGCCCAAGCUCAAAGGUCUCACCCAAGUAUCUCUCCAGCGGGAAGCGCGCGCAAAUCGACCUUUGCGCGAAUACAUUCUUCCGCAGCGUCGGGUACAAAUCGCUCCCGUUGCCGGGCCUAGCAGAUAUCGGCGUGCCGUUCGAUGAUAGCCGCGGUGUUAUCCCGAACGAUGGCUUCGGACGCGUCACCGUGCCUCUCAACGCGGAGGCAGGAACCCGCGAUACACUACCCGAUGGAUCGUUGAUCUCGCACCUCCCCGGACUCUACUGCGCCGGGUGGGUUAAGCGCGGGCCAACGGGUGUAAUCGCCACGACGAUGACAGACGCGUUCAGCACGGCGGAUGCCAUUGCCGCGGAUGUCGCUCAGAACGGUAGUUCCCUGCUUAACCCGAACGAGGGAACGAGCCUUGGAUGGGAGGGUGUCCGUCCCGAGGCGGAGCGGCUCGGUGUCCGGGCGACGAGCUGGGAGGACUGGGAGCGGAUUGACCGCGCGGAGCGGGAGCGGGGUGCGCAGAAGGGCAAGGUCCGGGAAAAGUUUGGGCGGGUUGAGGAGAUGUUGGAAGUUUUGUAGAGAUAAAAUGUAUAGUAGACUAGAUAUAUAUACCAUUUCACUCCUGCAGCCAACCAUUCUUGGGUUACCAUGGGGUCCAAGACGGGUUGCUUUUCAUGUCUCCUCUAGCUUCCCACAGGCUCAAAGCACCCUGUAGAGCAUAAGCAACACGACGAACCACGACAGUUUACUUACGAGGCAAACAUAUACCAUGAUAUGUGCUUGGAUCCAACAUCCCUCUCACUGAAUCCUAACAUGCCAAUCUUGUGGCAAUUGCGUGAACAGUUUUUCAAGUAGACCUGUCGAUAAUAGUAUACUCCUCGGGCUACGCUAAGUGAUAAAACAACAAAUUCCCCGAGGUCCAGUUCUUGAUGCCCUAUGCAUGUGCUGUAGAUAGAUAGCGGGGGGAAGGGGAGGGGAGGGGGGGGUUUGCCCAGUACCCAACCGCAUCACUGAAGAUACGUACUUGGCCCAACAACUCAUCCCAUGGAUAGUGCUCACCUCGCCUCGACUAGUAGAUUCCAAUCGAACCUACUUGAGGAAUUUUCUGACUCGCGAGGUAUUCAGACGAGAUCUCGUCCUUAUUUGAGAAACAGAGCUAGAAGCAUCGGAAGCAGAGGCAGCAGGAACCAGUGGUCAGGGAACGCCGUCUCGACACCAAAAGCCAGCCUGUAUGCCCACGUGGUGUCAUGCGCGAGGUAGAAGGUGUGCAUCUAGAGCAGGAAUGGGCCUCUACCUUCAUAGCGGACAAGAAGAACACUAUAUAUAUACUAGAGGAGACUCAUAGUUAGAGACA